GACGCAUCUCUGCGGUAGCGCCCAUGCAUGCUCUAGGUCAGACCUAGCUAUAAACAUCUUAAUCGCCGUGGUUAAACGAUUAUCGUAAACUCUACGGCGUCUGUGUUCAACAUGACUACUAUGCUUUUUUUCUCGGCGAUUGCCUUCGCACUGUACAUGGUAUACGGCGCAUUCAAGUAUGGGCAUCGAAGAAAAGAUAUGCCCAUCGGGCCAAGGACCUUGCCAUUCAUCGGAAAUCUACAUCAGAUGCCGAAGUCCUACACCCAUGUCAAAUUUACCGAAUGGGCCCGUCAGUAUGGAGGCCUCUUCACACUGAAGCUCGGAAAUGCUACCAUGGCGGUGAUUACGGAUCGUAGGAUCGUCAAGUCUACCGUAGAUAAGAGAAGCAAUAUCUACAGCCACCGACCGCCGUCCUACGUCUCCCACGAUUUGAUUACGAAGGGCAACCAUCUCCUGGUUAUGUUUUAUGGAGAUAAGUGGCGGACUUUUCGACGUCUUAUUCACCAGCAUCUGACAGAGAACAUGGUGGAGCGGGUGCAUUUACCCCUUGUCAACGCCGAAGCUGUCCAGCUCGUGCGUGACUACAUGCUCUUCCCUGAGGACCAUAUGCUGCAUCCGAAGCGGUUCAGCAACAGUAUUAGCAACUCCAUCGUCUUUGGAAUUCGAACACCACAUGCCAGAGCGACGUACAUGCGACGCCUGUACACGUUAAUGGAGUCGUGGUCCGAGAUAAUGGAAACAGGAAACACUCCUCCUGUGGAUAUCUUCCCCUGGCUGAAAGCUAUACCCGAGAAGAUUUUCGGCAACUAUAAGACCCGCUCCUUGGCUGUUGGGAAGCAGAUGGAGUCGUUAUACGAGGACAUUCUACAGGAUGUGUUGAAGCGGCGCGAGGUCCGUAAUGCUGGUUCUUUCAUGGACGUGGUCCUUGAUCAGCAGGAAAAGACUCAACUGCCGAGAGACCAAUUACGGUUUAUUGGUGGUGUGCUCAUGGAGGGCGGCUCCGACACAUCAUCAUCCCUUAUCCUAGCGAUCAUUCAGGCGCUAAUCCUGAACCCAGAAGUUCAAGAGAAGGCCUACCGCGAAAUCGCGACAGUGGUCGGGGAAGACAGGUCUCCGCAGUGGUCAGACAUGGACAAGCUUCCUUACAUCAACAUGAUUGUGAAAGAAGGACACCGCUGGCGACCAAUCUUGCCUCUUUGUUUCCCGCAUGCUCUGGGCCAAGAUGAUUGGGUAGACGGCAAGUUCCUUCCAAAGGGAACAAUUAUUAUCCUCAAUGUUUGGGGCAUGCACAUGGACCCGAACGUGUGGGACGAGCCUGAGAAGUUCAACCCGGACAGGUACUGCGACCACCCCAAACUCGCCCCUGAAUACGUCGCAGGCGGCGACUGGCAGAAGAGAGAUCACUACGGCUACGGUGCUGGGCGGCGCAUCUGUCCCGGCAUGUACCUAGCCGAGCGAAACAUGCUUCUAUCCAUUGCCAAGCUUAUCUGGGCUUUCAAGUUCGAGCCACAGACUACACAUGGCUUGCCGCAACCCGUGGAUCCUGAUCCGGUAACUGGAUAUCACCAUGGGUUCUUGUACUGCGCAAAAGACUACGGUUGCAAGCCCGAAGUCCGGUCUAAGGCUAUUAGGGAGACGGUUUUGCGGGAAUUUAGCCAGGCCGAGAGGGAAGUCUUUAGUCGGUUUGAUAUUUCUUAAUCUAGGGUGAUGCAAUAAACAAGCACCAGUUUGCCAGUCGCAAUACUCACGUAUAUAGUACUCGUAGUAGCAGCAGCAGUUAAACGGCGCCUACACUAGGGUUUGACAUCGUCUAGUCCGGCACGGGUAGUAGGCGGGACGAAUAGCCCGCCGUCUAUACGGCCUAGUAGAGUUGAGUUGAGUUGAGUUAUAUUUAUUUACCCUGACCUAUCGCCCUGAGCGAUAUGUAGGCUACGACUAUUUAAAGAGUUUUGCUACUAGUUUACAUGUGAUUUGUUAAUCUGGGAGGAAAAGGGAAGGUAAAAGGAGCGGA